AUGAAAAAAGAGUGCUCGACAGGAAAUGCAUCGAAGCCUGCCAGCAUCGCCAUCACCUUCACCCUCACCUGGGGCAGGCCGGCGGCCUCGUCCCUCAGCCUGCGAUUCACGAGUGGAAAGCCGCCCUGCCCUGACUGCAAAUCCCUUCCUUUCUUCCUGAAACCACUCAGGGGUCGGGGCACAGCGGCCUCCCUGGCCUGGGCGUCCGCGCUCCGCCCGCCCUUCCCCGCGCGCGCUUCCUCUCUCCCCACUUUCUCCAGCCACGACUCUUCCUCUCCCUUUCCCCUGAGCUCAGCGCGCUUCCCCUUUCGGGCCCCGGGUCGCCCUGGGGCCGCGGGGGCCGGCCGGGUCACGUGGGUCCGGGGUCACGUGCUGCCGCGGGUCACGUGCCCGCCUCUAUCACGCGCACCACGGUGCGGUGCUGGGAGCGGCCGCACCUGCGGGGAGCGGAGCCGCCACCGCCCGACGCGCGCGCUCUCGCGAGACCCGCGGGGUCACGUGACGUCAGGGCGCGGCGCCGCUCACGUGACGGGCGCUGCUGGCCGCGGCGUCUCCUUCGUGCCGGAGUCGCGGUGGCCCGGCCUCUCGCGUCCGGGAACGCCGCCGCCUCUCACGCCCGCCCUUGGCGCCCGCGCCCCGCCGCCCCCGCGCCCGGCUUUCCCGCGGCCCAACCGCCUCCCGCGCCCCGGCCCCACGCACCACCGGCCCCGGCCGCCCCGCGCCAUGGCGGCCCCCGGCAGCGCCCGGCGGCCCCUGCUGCUGCUGCUCGGCCUCCUGCAUUGUGCGUCGUCAGUGUUUGUGGUGAAAAACAGCAACGGCACCGUGUGCAUAAUGGCCAACUUCUCUGCUGCCUUCUCAGUGAACUACGACUCCAAGAGCGGCCCUAAGGUAGGAAGCACCACGGUACUUCACGCUUCCCUUGUGUGUGCGGGAAGAUGGUUUUGAACGUUUCUACCGAGUCUUUGGCCCCAUCUGAACCUGAUGCUUUCCCUUCUGCGUGUUUCCUCUGGCAUGGUCAGUGUCCUGUGCUGUCACGUGCCGUGGCUACAGUCAUAGUCACAAGCCUUUCUUUGUGCUGCAUCUCACUGUUAUGAACAUUUUUCUAGU